GUAUAGCUUCUACUCUCCUAAGAAAGGCAAUUAAUUAUUAAUAUUUAUUGAAAAAUAUAUAGGCUACUUAUUAUUAUUAAGUGUGUGUAUGUGUCUGUAUUACGUAUAUGUUUUUUUUCUUUCCAGUCAACGUGCUGGGUUUGACGCGACAACAGACCACACAACAGAACAAGGAAGAAGCACAAUUCACAACCGAUUCAUACAGAUUUCCAUCACUAAAAUGAUGAACAUUUCCUGCAAAAGUAUCUACAUGGUGCUAAACAGCACAGAGAAGAUGGCCAUUGGCACAAUCUGUCUGAUGAUCGCACCUCUCAGCCUCCUGGUCAAUGUGCUCGUUCUGGUUGUCAUAGCUUGCUCUAGGAACCUGCGGCGACAUCCAUCGUACCUGUUUAUGGGCAGCUUGGCAUUGGCUGACACUAUUGCUUGCUGCUGUUUCACCAUCAACUUUCUGGAUUUCCACCUUUCUAAAUCGGAUGACUCGUUUCAGAAAACAGAGUAUCUGCUUAAGCUGGGUGGCGUGACCAUGGCAUUUACAGGAUCGGUUGGAAGUCUGCUUGUGAUGGCAGCUGACCGCUAUCACGCCAUCUACAAGGCUUCCACCUACAAGGUGCUGCUGACACGUAAAAGAGCCUUGGUAGGUAUUGUGACAUUAUGGGUCGUGGCUGCCCUCAUUUCCUUCCUUCCUCUGAUGGGCUGGAGUUGUCAGACUUGUCUAUCAUGCUCCCAUCUGUUUCCGUAUGUGGACCGUUACUACCUGGCAUUCUUUACCAGUCUUGUGUUGGUGGUGAUCGUCCUCAUACUGGUAGCCUAUGCUCUGAUAGUGUGGUUGGCCCACAAACACGAAGCCAACAUGUCCGCUGAACAUCCAGAAGUAGCACGUAUGCGUGUGGACAUCCAUUUGGCAAAGACAUUUGGAUGUGUUAUCUUGAUUCUGUUAGUGUGUUGGCUGCCUGUCCUUUCCUUCAUGAUGACCGAUGUAGUUACGACAGAGCUUUCAAACCCACAAAAAAGGGCAUUUGCCUUCUGCAGUACACUAUGUCUUCUGAACUCAGGUAUCAACCCAUUGCUAUACACCCUGCGCUGUCGUGAGCUACGUGUAGUGCUUAAAUCAUUGGUACAUGGUUUGAGGAGAUGCUAGGGUUGUAGUUCACAGCUAGUGACUAACCUAAAGUGUGGCAUUUAAUGACAUCUAGAUAAUGAACAGCAGUGUUGGUUUCUUAACAACAGCGUUGUCAAUUAAUACACAUUCUGUGUUUUCAGUUAUCAUUUCUUAAAUUUUGAUUAAAUAUUGUGUAAAAUGUAAUAUAAUGUCCACUGUUCAGCUUU